AUAAAGUAAUAUUCAUUUCCAUAAUGAAUGACCGUAGACGAAAUUACCGUGACUAUAAGUUUAUCGCAUUCUAUAAAUUUCAACUGUGUUUCAAUUAAUAUUUAUGUACGCGUAUUUUCUUCUAUUCCACGUAUCGUCCCGUACCGGGCACACCGGUAUAAAAGCAUCAGUCUCGUUUUCACCGAAACAGAUCAGUAUGAACAUCGAACGGUACGGGUCAGGUUAUGCGGUAACUCCACCGAAUUCCGAAAUUUAUUUUUCGAAUUAAUGUCAAUUAUUUACCUUCUCUACGUGGGGAACGACUGUUUUUGCGCCCGUUCAGUGAGGAGGAAGGUUACAGGUUAAUCAUUCUAAGAUACCUCUGCACGCGAAAAAAUGAUUUCCAUUCUGCAAAGGCAUUGUCUGUCGUUGUUUAAGCAAGACAUUCCACAGAAGGUCGUUAAAUCUGUAAAUAUUCGAAACAACGCUUCGCGCCUGUUCCAUGAAACAAGAAUACAGCUCUCGCGCAACAGGCCAAGCGAAUGCCUCCCGCAAUGUUUUCGAUCGGCGGACACCGGCGCGCGAACGUUGCAUUCCGGUCCACAGCUCUCGCUGAUGAGCAAAGAUGAGACCCGUGAAUUGAUGGCUCUGUGGCCGGACAUCCUCCGGGACCUCACUGACGGCCGCCAUUUUGACCCUAUCAAUGAUAAAUGGAUAACGAAGGUGUUGCAAUACAAUGUUCCUACCGGGAAGAAGAUCAGAGCGUUAGCGCUGAUAUACACGUACAAGAUACUGGUCCCGCAGGAUCGGGCGACAGAGGAGAACCUGCGUUUAGCGCGAAUACUCUCAUGGUGCAUAGAAAUAUUACAGGCAUACCUGCUAAUGUGCGACGACAUACAAGACCGAUCGGAGAUCCGGCGCGGUCAGUUGUGUUGGUACCUAGUAAACGAUCGUGGUUUGCCAGCGAUAUCCGAUUGUUUGAUGGUAGAAAUGUGUGUAUACAAGCUUUUAAAAAUACAUUUAAAAUCGCACGAAUGCUACGGAGUCCUUCAAGAUCUGUUUUUAGAUACCACGUAUAAAACCGUGAUGGGACAGAUUCUGGACAUGUACGCGACCGUACGGAAACCCGGCGAACAGAUCGACUUCAGUCGUUUCACGAUGGACCGAAUGAACAACAUUAUGAAACACAAGACAGCUUACUACACGUUCGUACUGCCAGUCCAGGCUGCUAUGCAUUUUGUGGGCAUUAAAGACCCAGAAUUGUUUAGACAAGCGCAGACUAUUCUGAUAGAAAUGGGCCAGUAUUUUCAAGUGCGAGACGAUUAUUUAGAUUGUUACGGUGACAAGGAGGUCACCGGCAAAAAUAGUACAGAUAUAGCGCAAGGGAAAUGCACGUGGCUUAUCGUCGUGGCAUUGCAACGUGCCACGCAGAAACAAAGGAAGAUUCUAGAAGAAUGUUACGGUAUAGCGGACGAGGAGAAGGUGAAUCGUGUUAUGCAGGUUUACGACGAGAUAGGCUUGCAAAACACCUUCUCCAUUUACGACCAAGAAACGUACAAUUUAUUGCACACGCAUAUACAACAAAUAUCACGAGGACUUCCGCACGAUAUAUUUUUACAGCUCCUUAAACUGGUGUCGAAGAAACAAAUGGAGAGGUAAUUGUUCUCACCGGGAAGGAUAGGCUGAUUUAUUCUCAAGUCAGAGGGAUAUUUUUAUAUAUUACAAAUUUCUUCAUCGGAGAUAGGACUAAUGUCGGGUGCAUUUGAAUUUUUCCUUUUUAACAACGAAAAACUUGGUUGAUAGCGUUAAAUCGUUGCGAACCAGGCAAUAAUGCAUCACAAUUACUGUUAAGUAUCCGGUAUGCAGUGAUAAAUGACGAAGAAAUGAAUUCCACGUUAGUAGAGUAUUUUAUAUGAUAUAAACAUGUGUAUGUAUAUAUGUAUAUGUAUAUGUAUAUGUAUAUGUAUAUAUAUAUUUUUACAGAAUUUUAUUUUUCCUCUAUAAAAACAUUUGUACGAAUCUGAUAUAUUCAUGUUAACA